AGUAUAUACAAACUUGUACAUUUUCUACCUUAGCUUCCUACAAAGAUUAAUUGUUACCAUCAUGUUCUCAUUUCUCAUCCAUUCUUUGCCUCUCUUGCUCCUUUUCUCUCUUGUUUUUACUCGAUCCUUAUCAUGUAAUACCAUGAAACAAUCACCUUCUCGUCAAGGUCACCAUAAACACCGGCCUCACGCAUGGCAUAAGUUCGGUAAACUUGUGAAUGCUAGGAAAGGGAAUCGCGUUGAAGACAUAGCCGAGCUCAAGACUUACUUCCAACGUUUUGGUUACUACCACCCUCUACUUGGAAAGGAUACGAAGGUAGCUAAUUUCAACAACGAAUUUGACGACCACUUAGAACACGUUGUAACUCGUUACCAACAAAAUUACGGUCUACCUGUUACAGGUACUCUUGAUCCUGUGACGCUUUCUAUGAUCAUGUCACCUAGGUGUGGCAUUCCGGACCCCAAUAUUAUGAAGAAGAGGUCAUCUUCAUUUCAUUGGAGUCAACACUACCUAUAUUUUCCGGGGAGACCAAGGUGGAACCGUCAAGUACCUAUGACUCUUACGUACGCAUUUUCCCUAGACGACUUGAUCUCUUACUUGAGCUUGCGUGAUAUAAAAGGCGCAUUUGAGCGCGCUUUUACAAAAUGGGAAUCAGUUAUUCCUGUUAAGUUCGUUGAAACUCGAGAUCUCGGCGUUGCAGACAUAAAAAUAGGGUUUUACAACGGUGAUCAUGGCGACGGAGAGCCUUUUGAUGGGGUGUUAGGGGUGUUAGCCCAUGCAUUUUCGCCGGAAAAUGGAAGAUUCCACCUUGACGCGGCGGAAAGAUGGACGGUCGAUUUCGACAAGGAGAAGUCGAAUGUGGCUGUUGAUUUGGAGUCCGUUGCGUUACAUGAAAUCGGUCAUUUGUUAGGGUUGGCUCAUAGUAAUAUUAAGGAAUCAGUCAUGUACCCAAGUCUCAAACCAAGAGAGAAGAAACUAAAGUUGAGGUUUGAUGAUAUUGAGGGAGUUCAAUAUCUUUACGGUUCUAACCCGAAUUUUACUAUCGGGUCUUUGUUAGAAUCCGAGACUUCUUCUUCUUCUUCUCGAUCCAUUCAUUCGAUUCAAGGGUUACCACACAUACUAGCUUCUUGCUUGGUGAUUUCAAUUAUAAACCUCUAUCUAUGAUCCUUUCUUUUUUGUUCAAUGAACUUUAUCAUAUGUAAAUAUAUAUUCCAUAUUAUACACAGGAUGUUGCUAUGUCUACCCAAGUUCCACAUUGGAAAAUCAAGUAAGAAUUACCUUAGAAUUAAUAUAAGUGACCACGUAUUAUGAAUAUUUA